AUGGUGUAUACUCCAAAAGAGAAACUCCUUGAUAAGUCCUAUUUUAAGGGCGAUGAUUCAAAGGUGAAAUUUUAUACUGGAAUGCCAAGCUUUGAAAUUCUAAAGGCAACCUUUGAAUAUGUUAAACCCAGUGUCAAAAAUAAAUCACUUCUGUCUUCAUUUCAAGAAUUUGUUUUGGUUCUAAUGAAAUUAAGGCUUAAUGUGCCACUUCAGGACCUUGCGUACAGAUUUGGGGCAUCACUAUCCACAGUUUCCAGAAUCUUUUCAGCUUGGAUGAUCAACCUUGAUAACAGACUAAGUUUCCUCAUAUCUUGGCCAGAAAGAGAAGAUCUAUGGAAUACUAUGCCACAAUGUUUUCAAUAUGCAUUUGGAAAGAAAACAACAAUGAUCAUAGAUUGUUUUGAGGUAUUCAUUGAAAGGCCUUCAAAUUUAUUGGUCAGAGCUCAAACAUUUUCAAACUAUAAACAUCACAAUACCAUUAAGGUUCUUAUUGGUAUAACUCCUCAGGGUUCAAUCAGCUUCGUUUCUGAGGCAUGGGGAGGACGUACAUCAGACAAAUACCUAACUGAAAACUGUGGUAUUUUGAAACUGUUGAAACCUGGAGAUUUGGUAUUGGCAGACAGGGGCUUUACAAUAGAAGAAAGUGUUGGGCUGUAUCAAGCUAAGCUUGCAAUACCUGCCUUUACAAAAGGAAAAGACCAAUUGGACCCAGUAGAUGUGGAAAAAACAAGAGGAAUUGCCAAUGUGAGAAUUCAUGUUGAGAGAGUUAUUGGACUUUUGCGUCAAAAGUACACAAUGCUUCAAGGAAGGUUACCUAUUGACUACUUGACUACACCGAAAGGAAACACUUACCCUACUAUUGACAGAAUUAUUCGAGUUUGUGCAUCCCUAACUAAUUUAUGCCCCUCUGUAAUUCCUUUUGACUAG